AUGAAGGACGCCACCCUCCAGGCCAUCAAGACCAACUUGACGACCGAUGUAGAGGAGCAAGCCCUGCAUCGCUCCAAGCCCGAUUGGAUGCAGGAGAUUUUGCGAGGCAAGCGGAUCCUGCUCUUCAGGCACCUCCUGCAGCAGCAUGGCUACGCUGACAUGGAGGUCGUCGACCUGCUUAGCGAUGGCUCUCAUCUGGUGGGUGCCUCUCCCAAGCCUGCAUGCUUCGAAGCGAGAGUUAGGAAGGUCAGCUCGGACGAGGCGGCGGCCCUCAAGCAGGUCACCGAAGAGGAAUGCAGGGCCGGCUUUCUGUCAGGAGCCUUUCGGUCAUUGCGGGUGCCCACUUGGUACGUGGCCAACUCCCUUAUCUUUGGUGCGGCCGCAAGCGUCUUCAGUUUUAAUCGGAUAAGCAGGGCAAUCCACUUCUUGUUCACCCGAACUUUGAACUUGGUCUGCUCUUACUUUUACGACGACUACCCGCUACUGGCGAGGGCUGACACAGCCGAGGCGACGGACUUUGCAUGUGGGAAACUUCUUGACCUGUUGGGGAUCAAGUUCGCCAGGACAGGGGGUGACUCGAAGGGCAAGCCUUUUGACAAGGUGUUUGGGGUGCUCGGGCUGAGUGUGUGUGUCGCCGAGCUGCAUCAGGGCUCGCUGGUCUUGUCUAACAAGCCCGGCCGCCUCGAGAGGCUUGUCGAGCUUUUUGGCCAAGUGAAAGCAGACGGGGCCAUCACCAAACACAUGGGUCAGGUUCUUGUAGGCUUGCUGCGGUUCGCCGCAGGCUCUUGCACAGGCAUGUCGCUUAAGCAUGUUUGCGCCGACUUGAACAGGAUGAUUCAUGCCGAGGCUUUCCCAUCUUCCACAGAGUUUGCCAGGCUCUGUGACAAAGCUUUGAGGUUCCUUGGUGUGUCAAAGCCAAGAGUGGUUUGCGUCACCGACCGCAAGGACGUCAUUCACGUUUACACUGACGGCUCCCUUGAGGACGGCGUGGCAGGCAUCGGCGCAGUGGUCCUGGACCCGUCUACGGGCUUCCAGCAGGUUCUGCAAGGUCAGGUCCCUGAGGCACUCAUGCACGCAUGGCGCCACGAGUCUGGUGAGCACCUGAUCUGUCAGAUCGAGCUGUUCGCAGUGUACUGCGUGAAAGUGCUCAUGCCUGCUAGGCUUGAAGGCCGUCGUGUCAUCUACUGGGUAGACAACGAGGCUUCCCGCUUGGCCCUGGUCAAGGGGCAAAGCAAAUCGCCAAUCAUGGACCGCAUGCUGCGCGCGCUGUGUGACAUAGAGGAUGGCAUGCACUCCUAUGCCUGGUACUCUCGAGUGCCCUCACAGUCGAACAUUGCAGACAGUCCCUCCGGGGGCGCAGGUGACGAGGUGGCACAUGCAUUAGGCCUUGGAGCAGCUGAGAAAUUUCCAGAGACGAUUCCCUGGCAGCACUUGUUGAGGGGGUGA